AUGGGAAAGCGCAAGCAAAUCAAGGACGGCGACGUCGAAAUGGGGGGCACUGACCCCAAAGUCGAAGGAGACGAGUCCUCGGACGAGGAUAUGGACAUGGUCAACGUCGACUUUGAAUGGUUUGACCCGCAAGAGAUCGACUUUCACGGCCUCAAGAACCUCCUCCGCCAGCUCUUCGACGUCGACGCCCAGGACUUUGAGCUUUCCGCGAUUGCAGACAUGAUAAUCACACAGGGGUUAUUGGGAUCAACGGUCAAAGUCGACGGAAAGGACUCGGAUCCAUAUGCUUUCUUGACGGUUCUGAAUCUGCAAGAACAUAAUGAUAAACCCGCCAUUAAAACUUUGACGACAUACCUGCAACGAAAAGCCAAGGCUAACCCAUCCCUCGAACCCCUCGCCAACCUUCUCUCGCAAACUCCUAUCCCGCCCAUCGGUCUGAUCCUUACCGAGCGUCUAAUCAACAUGCCCUCCGAAGUCGUUCCGCCGAUGUAUACCAUGCUGCAGGAGGAGAUCGCUUGGGCGAUUGAAGAGAAGGAGCCGUACAACUUUACACACUAUCUGAUCGUCUCUAAGACAUACGAGGAAAUCGAGUCGAAACUGGAUAUGGAGGAGUCACGACCACAGAAGAAAAAGAAGAAGGCUGCGGGCGAGAAGGGAGAGCGGUUCUUCUUCCAUCUCGAGGAUGAAGUUCUCGAACGACAUGCGCUAUGCUCAGGCAGCUACGAUUACACCCACAAGCACGAUGACGGGCAUUCCGACUCGAAACGCGCGUUCCAGGAGCUUGGUAUCCGCACCGGUGGGAGCAUGAUCUUGAUUGAGGCUGCCAAGUUCGAGGGUGCGGUCAAGGAUAUGGCAGCGUACCUGCAAGCCGCGUCAUAA